AUGAGGAGUGAGCUCAUCUGCCAACCCACUAUAAUACAAAGGGUCAAGUCGGCCUCGGUAACAGUGGACGGGCAGCUGGUCUCGUCCAUUAGCAAAGGCCUGCUUGUUCUAGCAGCUGUCUCCAAAGACGAUACCGAGAAGGACAUCGAUUCCAUGGCCAGCAAGAUCCUCAAAACGAAGCUGUGGGACGACGAUUCCAAGGAUCCCCCGGGCCGCGUUCGUCUUGGGCUCUCUAUGCUUGAAACCUUUUGUAACCCGUGA